AUGCUCCUCCUCCUCAUACUACUACUACUACUACUACUACUACUACUACUACUACUAACUACUACUACUACUACUACUACUACUACUACUACUACUACUACUACUACUACUACUACUACUACUACUACUACUACUACUACUACUACUACUACUACUACUACUACUACUACUACUACUACUACUACUACUACUACUACUACUACUAGUAAUAAUAAUAAUAAUGCACUUGUAUGA